AUGGUUUCGAGGAAGGUGGUGGCCAGUUUAUUGCUGGUGUCCCUGCUGUCCGUGCUGGCUGAGCAGACCCAAGGCUUCAUGCCCUUUUUCACCCAGAGUGACUUCCAGAAAAUGCAGCUGCAGGAAAAGGAGAGGAACAGGGCAGGGCAGAAGAAAUCCCUGAGCUCGCUGCAGCAGCUGGAGGAGGACGGUUUCUCUGAGCAAUCUGGUGUGGAUGUCAAGGCAGCCAAGACCCUUCAGCAGGCCCUUCCUGUCAGAGCUUGGCUCACCCCAAGGCAGCUGGAAAAAUACCAAGAUGUCCUGGAGAAACUGCUGGCAGAGCUGUUACAGGACACCCCAGACGCUCAUCAGCACAGAGAUAUUUAUAUUCCCCAGAAGGGUUUUUGUGUCAUGCUUGCUCACUUUGUGGAGCCCUCAGAUCUCAAGCGCUCCCGUUUGCACCCUUCUGGGAAGGUUGUUCCCUCCUAA